AUGAUAGUCGAUGCGCGACGUAGUCCUAUCAGUGAGAUUUUUUUUUUUGUACAAUGCUUGUCGGGUUUCAUUGUGCACUCUAUCACUACCGGUGCAUGCAGUUUAGCAGCCGUGUUCGCGAUGCAUGCCUACGGCCGCUUAGAAGUCUUAAUGCAAUGGAUCGAACAUCUAGUGGAUGGACGGGAAGACCUCUGCGAUAAUGUGGAUGAGAGAUUGGCAAUGAUUGUGCAGCAGCACGUUCGAAUCUUACAUUUUAUAACGCUGACGGACAAAAUGCUGCGUGAAAUAUCUAUGGUGGAAAUUUUAGGAUGUACAUUAAGCAUGUGUUUUCUUGGAUAUUUUGUUAUCACGGAAUGGGAGAGAAAAGAUAUGACAAGUUAUGUAACAUAUGUUGUUUUAUAUACGUCUCUUACGUUCAAUAUCUUUAUAUUAUGUUACAUUGGUGAGCUUGUUGCCGAAAAGUGUAAGAAGAUUGGCGAGAAAUCGUACAUGAUCGAUUGGCAUCGUUUGUCAGGAAGAAAAGGUCUUGAUCUCAUCUUAAUGAUCGCUGUGUCCAAUACGUCGAUUAAACUUACCGCUGGAAAUCUUUUUGAGUUGUCUCUCAGUACUUUUGGCGACGUGGUUAAGACAUCAGUCGCCUACUUAAAUAUGUUGCGUACAUUAACUACAUAA